CCAAUAUCGUUCAUGACUGCUCUAGCUUUGAUAUUAGGAAGUUUUGCUCCAUCUGUCGUUUCUGAUUUCAGUAUGCGGGUACUCAUCACGGUCUUGCUGGCUGUGAAAACGAUUACAGCGUACGAUGCUGUGAUUUUCUCAAGCGAACAGAAAAUUGAGGAUGACUACCCGAGCAUAGAAAACUUGUUGUCAACCGCUUCACCAGAAUCACCUCUUGUUUUCAUUGUUAAUCCUGAUUUCACUUUGGGACAGUUCUCACGGGAAGCACGCGCAUACUCAGUCGACAAGACUCUGAGAGGACUACCAGCAACUGUAAAGUCAAAGAAAUAUCACGUCAGCCGAUACCUUGAGGACUUCGUUCUUGUCCUCAACGCAGUGAAAGUCACAUCUGCUGAAGAAUUCACGAAAGGCAAUGCUACUUACGUCGUAGCUGGUGAAGAAUGGACUAGCAUGCAGUCAUUGGCUAAAACUGUUUUGUCUGGACUUGGGGACAGUUAUACCGCUGUCAUCACAGCAACAGAUGCUGUUGCUACUGACAAGGCACGAACGAAGCGUGUGAUCACAUCUGAAAUGGAUGAAACGACUGGAUCACCUUCCGCAGCGAACGGACCAGAAAUUGACAUGCCCGUAAACUUGCCCCCAUACAACAGGACGGAAUAUCCAGAUGUCAGGCCUGACGCGUCUAAACUUGGCUCCUGCAUGCUCUAUUCUGAGGGAAUAAACAUCGUCGUGCGGAAUGCUAAAAAGGAAUUUGUCUCAAUACCUGUGAGGUCGCUGACGAAUACCACAUCUUGGAGUUAUGCUGCUGGGGAUGUCAACUGUGUCAAUUCCACAGCUGGACCCUUUGAGUUCACUGUACGACUGAAGUUGAAGGGGGAUGUCACGGAUAACGCUGAGAAAGUCAAGAUUAGCAGUGGAAGCCCCAUAGAGUUCAAACUGGUAUUCAAUGGAACUAGCGGCGGGUUUUGGAUGUUAACUGAUGUUGUCGCAAAUAACGUGGCUGUUCAAGACAAUGGCAAAGGCUUCAUUUCAGGAUCUGCAAAAGCCGAUACUAAAGUAAUUUCCCGGCCAUCGGUGAAUAAUGUUGGUUUCCAAAGUGUGGCAGGUUUUGCUUUGGGUUGCGGUGACUCACAAGCGGCUUUCUUCAAAACCAAUCAAGACGACGUGCUCAUCGGUAUAUCGCUCCACAACACAGAGGUCCAACCAUUUGGUGUUUCACCCGACAAGAAGACGAGCCAAAUGUACUUCAGCAGACAAGUCGAAGACUGUGUUGGAACGUUUUCAGUGGGUUCCUGGAUGGGAAUCAUCAGUAUCCUCGUCAUGCUUGGCGGUUUGAUGUUCGGCUAUUUGAUGUUGCAAUCCGUCCAAACUAUGGAUCGAUUUGAUGAUCCCAAACAUAAGCAGAUCGUGAUCAAUGUCAGGGAGUGAUGAAAAGGUACCGAUCUACUGUAUAAACUCUCGCCCACUGGGUAUUUCUUCGAAUGCUAACGCUCGUUUCUUCUCAUAGUGUAGAGUAACGCGUUGCGAUACAUAUGCUGUUCGCUCCUCGAAUGUCAUUGUUUGGAGAAAAUUUCUAUCUGUGAUGUCAGUUUUUUUUUCGUUUUGUUAUUUCCGCUAUUUGACUUAUUAGUUAUCGUCCUAUGUAUAAAAAUCAUUGGUGAUUUUAAGCCAUUCCAGUUACCGAUUAUGGUAACCAUUUCUCGAAGGCAGAAUUUGACACAAGUUCUGCAGAUUUCAUAGUUUCUUAGAAUGAUUUGAAUUGCCAUUGCCUAGAUUAUUCGAAAAACGUCCAUGAAUUGUGCUACUUAUAAUCAUUUGACUUCUCUGCUAGAAUCGUGACCCUGAGUAAUAUAACACGCCUAUAUGAGAAGGUGUGAUUGCGAUGAAAUAAAUUUAUCACUCU